AUGCAUCUGUCGGAUGGUGACCACACCCUGCGGUAUGGUGGGGUAUCGCAAGAGAAACCUGAUAUCAAGAUCAACAGCAAUGGCACCUUGGACGUAGAUGAGAAUGGUUCAUACGCCAACGGACACACUCAGAUGAAUGGCCAUUCCACCAAAACCAACGAGGUGGAUGUGACAAUUCUUCAGGAACAGUCACCGAAUGCAGUGCUUGACGCUCUUCUUACGGCAUGGACUGUUCUAGUACAAAGAUACCAACGAGAUGUCUUCCACCGAUUCUCAUGGGGAAUUAAAGGCGCUGGCUCAGAUAAGCGCCAAUGUAUACCAACCAACGACCUGGACUUGCUAAAGCACAGCAGUGCCGCGACCCUAGCUGCAAAGAUCCACGAUCUGAGGCUGAAAGAUGCCUGUUUGGACGGAGCUACCAUUUUCCUGAACGAUGGCACAAAAGAUGAAUGGACUUUUGAGGUCUCGAUCGACCUUGGAAAGAGUUCGAGACAAGCGACCUCACAAUGGCUACCACCAAUGUCACGACACCAGGCUGUGUCUGAACUGCAUUAUUUUUCUUUUAUCAUUGAUACCCUUUCACGAAGACCUGAUACCCCAAUUUCAGACUUCCUCACCAUCUCCGAGUCUGAGCUCGAUGAGAUCUGGAACUGGAACUCACCUUUACCUCCUGAUCUGCAGACUUGCAUGCACGAACUUAUCGCAGAGCAAGCCGAGAAGCAACCUGAGAAGAAUGCAAUCGAAGCGUGGGAUGGGAGUUUGACCUACAAGCAAGUUCAAGAUUACUCCACGCAUUUGGCACAAAUCUUGCGGUCUCUCGACGACUCGCCGAACCAGAUCAUCCCAGUUCUUUUCGAGAAAUGUCGAUGGACAAUCGUCGCUGUGCUAGCGAUCAUGAAGUCAGGUGCGUGCUUCGCACUACUAGAUCCGGCACAGCCAGAAGGCCGCCUGCGAACGGUCGUCCAGCAGGUCAAUGCUACUACCUUCAUCGCGUCGAAAACCCAAUCUUCGCUUGCUGCGCGAGUUGCACCUUCAGCCACCAUCGUCCCGGUUUCUGCAUCCAAGUUCGAGAAGGUGUAUGGCCCAUACGCCGAACAGCAGCCAAAAACGACUUUGCCGAAAGUGUCUCCGUCAGCUCGUCUCUACAUCCAAUUCACAAGUGGUAGCACGGGCUUGCCCAAGGGUUGCCUGAUCUCGCACGGUCAGUACACGUCCGGUGCGAUACCACGAGCAUCUGCCGUAGGCUACCGACAGCACUCUCGAGUGCUCGAUUUUGCCAGUUAUGCUUUCGACGUUUGCAUCGACUCUAUGCUUUGCACGACUGCACACGGCGGUACACUCUGCACGCCCUCUGAUGAACGCCGAAUGAACGACCUCAGCGGUGCAAUGCGAGAUAUGCGGGUUACCUUAGCUGGUAUGACACCCUCGGUCGCUCGCACAUUGGAUGUGGAUAUCCUGGAUCACCUAGACUCAAUCGCACUUGGGGGUGAGGGUACCUCAGCAAGUGAUGCCGCUUCAUGGGGCCAAAGGACUAGGAUUGUGAACGCCUACGGACCCUCCGAGUGCACAGUCGGCGCUACGAUCAACGGUAACGUUGCAUCUAAGCCAUACAUUACUAUGGGUACCGGUACAGGUGCUGCAAUAUGGCUUGCUGAUCCGGAGGAUCAUAACAAGCUCGUUCCAGUCGGUGCAGCUGGUGAGCUGCUGAUAGAAGGCCCCAUUGUUGGCAUGGGCUACCUGAACAACCCGGCAAAGACUCAGGAGGUUUUCAUUGAAAACCCCAAAUUCCUGACCAAGGGGAGUAAGUCGUUCCCUGGUAGACAGGGCAGGCUUUACAAGACCGGUGAUCUCGUUCGUUACGACCCAGAUGGUCAUGGUGAAGUGAUUUUCGUCGGUCGUCAGGAUCAGCAAGUCAAGCUCCGUGGACAACGUAUCGAGCUCGCAGAGAUCGAGUACAACAUGCAGAAGCACUUAUCUGCAGAUACGCAACUGGCUGUUGAAGUCAUCAAGCCUGGUGGCACUGGAGAGCAAACACUGGUUGCGUUUCUGGUCGAACAGAGAAAGAGCGGUAUGCGCCAUCUCGAUGGACAAGUGUUUGGUAGCUUUUCCAAUAAGUUCCAGGCUGCUCUUCAGGGGAUGACAAAGCAUCUCUUUAACGAUCUUCCGGGGUACAUGGUCCCGAGCGCUUACAUCCCGCUCUGGAAGAUGCCCCUACUUGUCUCAUGCAAAACGGACAGGAAGAGGCUGCGCGAGAUUGGCAAUUCAGUCACUCGUCAGGAUCUCCGACGCUUCAACGCUCUUCUUUCCGAGAAGAAAGAACCCACCACUGAGACGGAGCUCAAGUUGAUUCUUAUCUGGGCGAAAAUUCUAGGCGGCGACGCGGACUUCGGCGCUAACGACAACUUCUUUAGUAUGGGCGGUGACUCUCUAAGGGCCAUGAGGCUCGUGCCCGCGGCAAGGGAAGAAGGCCUUAUCCUGACGGUUCCGGAUAUCAUGCUGAACCCGACCUUGUCCGGUAUGGCUGCCAAAGCCAGACCUCUGUUCGAGGAAGACACGAGCGAGGUCGUUCCCUUUUCAAUGAUCGGAAAGGACUGGGAUGCCGACAAGUCUAAAGUUGAAAGUGCUGAGCUGUGUGGUCUGAAUGCUUCGCUGGUCGAAGAUGUGUACCCCUGCACACCUCUACAAGAAGGCUUAAUGGCUCUCUCUGCCAAGUUCCUCGAUGCCUACGUUGCCCAGCGUGUCGCCGAACUCCCUGUCGAUAUGGCAUAUCGUCUGAAAAACGCUUUUGACAAGGCCGUUGAAGGCUCUCCAAUCCUACGCACUCGCAUCGUGAACGUCCCCGGUCGUGGCCUGUUCCAGGUUGUUCUCAAAGACGGCCAGCUUAUGCGUGACCAUGGCUCAGAUCUUGCGAAGUAUCUCGAACUUGAUCGAGAAGAGACUAUGGACCUUGGAAAAGCACUUUUCCGAUACGGUGUCGUCCACGAUGGAAGCAGCGAUAAAGCCCAUUUCAUCAUCACCAUGCACCACGCGGUGUACGACGGCUGGUCCAUGCCGCUUGUCUUCGAUCGCAUCAAUCGUGCUUUCGUUGGCCUCGAUACAUCCCGUCCAGCGUCUUUCAAGAACUUCAUCAAGUAUCUGACCAGUCUCGAUCCUACUGUCGCUAACGACUAUUGGAGGGAGCGUCUGAAUGGCGCAAGCCCACAUCAGUUCCCCCCCCUGCCACACAAAGGAUACAUCACACGAGCCAACUCUUUGCUCGAGCACUAUGUGACAGUGCCAACAUCGGCCCAUUCAAAGCUAACCCUCGCAACCAUCAUCCGCGGUGCAUGGGCCCUGACAUCCUCACUGUACAUGGGUCAUUCCGACAUCGUCUUUGGCGAAACCCUCACAGGUCGUUCCGCACCUGUCCAAGCUAUUGAACAGAUCGAGGGCCCCAUGAUCACCACCAUUCCAGUGCGUGUGCGUCUGAAUCUUGACCGCCCCAUCUCCGAGUUCCUGCAGCAAGUGCACACCCAGACUAUCCAACAGAUCCCUCACGAGCAUCUCGGUCUGCAGAACAUCCGUCGGCUGAGCAAAGACGCACGUCACGCUUGUGAGUUGCGCACUGGUCUUGUUCUCCACCCGAAGGAAGAUGAGAACGGGAAUGAAGGAAGAACAUUAGAAAACGCGCCGGGCGAUGCAUUCCUGCCUGCUGAUGAUGCCGAAGCUGCAAGAGAAGCAUUGAAGUUCAAUACCUACGCACUCAUGCUUGUUUGCACGCUCGACGAGAACGGCUUCUUGAUCAUGGCUAGCUUCGACUCCAACUGCAUCGCCUCGGCAGCUAUGGAAAGGGUGCUUGUUGUGCUAGACCGUAUCGUUACCGCUUUCCUUGGAAACCCCGAGAGCAAGCUCGGCGAUGUGGCUAUCCUGGAUCCAGAAGAGCUGCAGGAUGCAUUGAAGUUGAGGCCGACGGAUGUCAUGGUUGACAGUGGUGUGGACAUGCUGCCAGCACAAGUCACGGAGGACGGCCAGGCUAAGGAACUCUCCGCGAACGAGGAGAAGCUUCGUGGCCUUCUGAGCCGUAUCCUCGGUAUGCCAGAGACAGACAUUAGCCCCAACGACAGCUUCUUUGAACUGGGUGGUGACUCUAUCGGCGCCAUGAGGCUCGUGUCUGAAGCAAGAAUGCAGGGCUUGGCCAUAUCGGUUGCCCAGAUCUUCCAGAGCAAGUCCUUGUCAGAACUUGCUUCGAGUAUCGGUAACGAAAAGGAGGAUAAGUUACUGGAUGUGCUGGCUCGCAUCUUGGGCAUGUCCAAGGGCGAGAUCUCCCCCAAUGACAGUUUCUUCGAGCUUGGUGGUGACUCGAUCGGCGCCAUGCGUCUUGUGUCUGAUAUACGCUCACAAGGGCUCAGCAUCAGCGUGGCACAAGUCUUCCAGAGCAAGUCGUUGUCCGAGCUGGCUUCCCAGGCUGAGGAGGUUUCCUCGGGCGAGCCGGAAGCGAACGUCGAUGCCCCAUUCGCUGCUCUAGGAGCUGAUGCGGGCUUGUUCAGUGCAGAUCGCAUGGUGUCCUACCUUGAGAACCCGGAAUGGGAUAUUGUCGACAUUUAUCCUACACGGCCUCUACAGCAGCUUGCCGUCGAAGGCACAGUAGAUCUGCCGCGCUAUUCGCUGCGCUACGAACUUAUCAAGUUUACUACAGCCAUCGACUCGAACAAGCUUGCGUCCGCCUGUCAGGAGCUUGUCGCUCGUAACGAGGUCCUGCGCACUGUUUUCGUUGUUGAUGGCGGUAAGACGUUGGGUCUUGUAAUCCGCAGCCUCAAAGUUCCGUACAGCGAAGUGGCGGUUCCUGAAGGCGAGGACAUCAACACUUUCGCGCACGGCUAUGUGAAGGAAGAUAUCCAAGCUCCGAAGCCACAUGGUUCGUCCUUCAUUGGCUUCACACUAUUCAGAUCCUCCUCUACUGGCGCCUCUACCCUUGCGUUCCGCAUUUCGCACGCCCAGUACGACGAGAUUUGCCUCCCGCUUCUCUUCGAUCAACUCUCUGCUCUUUACGCUGGCACGGACGUCUUCGAAACCGUACCUUUCACCAAGCAUGUAAACCACGUCGUCCUGAAUAGCAUUCCCAAGAGCAUCCCCUACUGGCAACAGCUUCUCGCUGGCUCCCAGAUGUCCGUUCUCAAGCCACAGAUUCCUCUCCAAGACAAGAAAAUGGCAGACAUCUAUCUUGAAUUCGACAUUUCCUCACGUCCCAAGGACAUAACUAUCGGCUCCCUCCCCACCGCCGCCUGGUCCCUCGUCCUCGCCAACCGCCUCAACGUCAAGGAUGUCGUCUUUGGCGAAGUAGUCACAGGCCGCAAUCUCGGCGCUCCCAGCGCUGAUCGCAUCUUCGGACCUACAUGGCAGUACAUCCCCUUCCGCGUUCCUUUCAAGGCUGGGUGGACACAUCUCGACCUUCUCAACUUUGUUCAAGCGCAGCAUAUCGAAUCCGCAGGCUUCGAGAGUAUGGGCUUAGCCGAGAUUGUAGAGAACUGCACGGACUGGGAUGCUAACGAGGUGACCUGGUUUGAUACCGUGGUACAUCAGGCGCCUGCUUGGGUUGAGGAGCUGCCGUUUGGGAAUGGAGUUGAUGCUAAGUUUGAGACGCUGUAUCCACACGCCGAACCAUUGAGGGAGUGGAAGUGCCAGGCUUUCGUCAAAGAGGGUGGCAAGAAGCUGGGUAUCGAGAUCGUCACGUUCGAAGAGUGGAUCCCGGUGGCCCAUGAAGUCCUGAAGGAAGUCGGGCAGGCGCUGGAGGACCUGCAGCAAAAGGCCAGUCAGCCUAUCUUUGAGAGCGCAGGUGAGACGAAGCAGCAGUCGCUGGAAGACUUUGAGGGUGUGAUGUAA